GACAAGCUAAUUGGCUAGCAGGCGGCUACGACCACUCGAAGCAGCGGAGCUAACGUCAACUCUCCGUUACCGGGAUAAUCCACACCGGAAAGACAGCUGGGUCUCCCUCCCUCAGUGAACACAGAGAGGUCUGAGCCUCCGUCACCAUGACAGACAACAAGCGUCUCGCCUUCUCCAUCAUCCAGUUCCUUCACGAUCAGCUCCAGUCAGGGAAUCUGUCCUCAGGCGCCCAGGAGAGUCUGGAGGUGGCUGUUCAGUGUUUGGAGACGGCGUUCGAGGUGUCGACCGAUGACCAGAGCCUCGCCGUCCCCAUGACGUUACCAGAAAUCUUUGCCUCAGCCACAGCCAAGCAUCCAGCUCAGUCACAGGUCAACAACAACUCCACCCCAAACUCCGUCAGUGAGGAACAGAGAGCCGAGGCCGAGAGGCUGAAAACCGAUGGUAAUGACCAAAUGAAGGUGGAGAACUUUGGAGCUGCUGUUGAGUUUUACUCAAAGGCCAUCGCCCUCAACCCUCAGAACGCCGUCUACUACUGCAACAGGGCUGCAGCAUACAGUAAACUGGGGAACUAUGCUGGAGCAGUGCAGGACUGUGAACAGGCCAUCAGCAUCGACCCAAACUACAGCAAAGCCUACGGAAGGAUGGGUUUGGCUCUGGCCAGCCUGAACAAACACACAGAAGCAGCGAGUUACUAUAAAAAAGCUCUGGAGCUCGACCCCGACAAUGACACCUACAAAACCAACCUGAAGAUUGCCGAGGAGAAGAUGGAGACCUCCAGUCCAACGGCAGGGAUGGGCGGAGUCGACCUGGCCGGUUUGCUCAGUAACCCCGGCUUCAUGAACAUGGCGUCGUCUCUGAUGAACAACCCUCAGGUUCAGCAGCUGAUGUCAGGGAUGAUGUCCGGAGCAUACGGUGGGAUGGGGGGAGGUGGAGGAGUGGGAGGAGGAUUGGGUGCAGGAUUGGGUGCAGGUGCAGGUGCAGGUGCAGGUGCAGGUGCAGGUGAAGGUGCAGGUGCAGGUGCAGGUGCAGCCCCCAGGGCUGCAGCCCCCGGAGCUGCUGGAGCAGGAGAUUUAUCGGGACUGAUCCAGGCAGGUCAGCAGUUCGCUCAGCAGAUGCAGCAGCAGAACCCCGAACUUAUCGAACAGCUGAGGAGUCAAAUCCGCAACCGAACGCCCAGCGCUGGAAACGAGGAGCAGCAGUGACAUCAGAUAUGGUUGUACAGGUGUGUGUGUGUGGAGGAGACGAACAGACCGUCUGCCCUUUUUUUCUUUCUGAUUUGGAUCAUUAUAACUCGAAGGACUAAAAGGAAGUUUUUUGUUUUUUCCAUCACUGAAUAAUUCCUGCAUGAGAGAGAGAUUCAGGAGCCACGCCACCAAAAACUACACCCACUUUCUGCAGCGCUGUGUAGUUUUUAGGAAGAACACUUUGAUAUCAAACACAGAUUAAUUCUAAUAAGUCGUGCUCUGAUAGCAUCAUGGUCCCAGAUGUUAAACAGCUGUAGUGAAGCAGGUUAAAACAGCUUGAAAUGUCUUUUUUUUUCUCUAAAAACUACACAGUGUAACUUUAAAUACAACGUUUGGUCCAGUACCUUCUCGUGUGUGUGUGUGUGUGUGUGUGUGUGUGUGUGUGUGUGUGUGUGUGUGUGUGUGUGUGUGUGUGUGUGUGUGUGUGUGUGUGUGUGUGUGUGUGAGAGAGAGAGAACUAAUCCUGUGUGUGGCAGGUGACAUGGAGCUAUGCGGAGACAGAGCUGUUUAAACACAGUUUGGAAAUUAAAAAGAGCAUCUCAACAUUUUACACUUCCUGUCUGAUGACUUUUCACUCCUGUCAAUCAAAUGUGUCGUGGUUUAUCUUCCUGGGCGGCAGCUUUAAAUUCACAGAGGGAAGAAAACAGAUGAACUAUUUCAAUUAAAUAUAAACACAUAUAUGAUAAUGAUGAU